AUGAAAACACCCGGAAGAAGUUUAUGGUUAUACGAGUAGUCUCUAAGCGUUUAAAUUCAAUGAAUUUAAGACUACUAAUAAUUUGUAUAAUUACGUACCAUUUGAAGAAUUGUGAUAUUGUUUCAUUAACAUAACACUUAAAAUAACGGAAAUGAGUAACAGUGACAGGAAUACAAUAGGGCUUUACAAUAGCUUAUUCGUAGAAGUUGUUAAGAGUUAAGAAUACUUUACCUUCGAGAAAGUGGGAGCGACAAGGAAGUUUUAAAGUCUAUUGAGCUGGUAUGAUGAUUCUAAUUUUGAGGAAAUACAUUUCUUAAUUUCGUUGUUAUCUUGCACAAGCCUAUUCAAGUACAGAAAUGGCAGAGGUUGCGGCAGAAAAGCUAAAUAGGGACUCAAACAGAUCCUCUCCUUACCAAUACUUUGAUACGAUGCCAACUGAAGAGGUCCUAGAUCAGUUAGAGCUGGAAACGAAGGAGUGGAAAGAGUAUUUAACGAAAUUAAGAAGCCUGGAGAAGAUUGACGGUCGAACAAAGUUUGAACUUUUCCGGAAAAUAGAUCAAACAUCCGUAUCGUUUUCAAAGAUGAUUCCACCCGCUGUGCAAUCAAAAAUCGGAUCAAGGGAGGCUACAGCUCAAGAACCUGCACCAGUCAUAGAUACAACGGUUCCAGCUAGUGAACAUUUGGAGCUGCGUCCUGCAUCACCUAUUGUUGUGGAUGAGGAGAAACUUGAUUUACAGGAAGAUUUACAGGAAAAUGCGAAGAAAAUAAACGAACAAAACAAAACUCUUGAAGAUAAAGUAAAAGAACUUGAAUACGCCAUUGAGACUCAAAAGAACGAGGAACACGUGUUGACAGAACAGAUUUCAAAGCUGAAACAAGAAUUGGACACCACUAAAUAUUCAAUGCAAGAAGUUAGUAAACAAAAGGAGGAUAUGAUGCUCAGACUAAGCAAACUUGCUGGGGACAAGCUAACGAAAAAUAACCCAGACAUUACCGAUCUAAGCGACCCGAACCGUCCACUGAAACUUGCUGAUAAAUACAACGAAUUGUACGAUAAUGAAUGGACCAACGCUUUUGAGGUCUUGGUAGACAGUGGUUACACAGAAAUGGAAGUUAUAGAGACGCUCCAACUAACGCUUCUAAAUGCAUAUGAGUUCUGCGAAAUGAAAGCAACCUUGGUACUGAAAGACACGGAGAGGGCAAUGAAUCUGCUGCUCGAGGUUGAAUAUCCACAGGAUGAAAAGACCGUUCCUGUAAUGGCAACAAUGCCGAAGAAACGGCUUGCCAAAGAAUUAGCCCAGUAUAUGAGACAAAAUUCUUCUUUGGAAGACUAUAAGUUACAGCAGAAGUGGCAGGCGAAGCGUACAAGUUUUUCCGACCCAAAUACAGAUGAUUCGACAGCUGUGGAUCAAGAAGCUAAAUCAGUGCAUGUUGAUGACCAGAUGAAGAACCUCCGUAAAGACGUAUCCGUUUCCAUGAUACUGUUGUCCAAAGAGCUUACAUGAAAGCCCGCUGGAGCAAGAAGUGUCUGAACGAUCUACAGCCAUUCAUUCGUGGAUGCAUAGACCUGUGUUGGAUGAUGGUAGUGCAAAGCCCUCCUAUGUGUUUCAAACUUCCAGACAAAGACGAGCGUUUUGACACAAAUUGCUACAAGCAGUAUACAAAGACAGGCCAUCUGGUGGACUUUGUUGUUUGGCCAGCACUACUCUUGCACGAAGGCGGAUCCCUAGUAGGAAAAGGUGUUGCUCAGGCGAAGAAAGAAUGACCUGAAUAGCUCACAGUUUGUACAUGGUUCAUGUGCAGUUCUUUGCAUGUUGAUACUGAUUUCAAAUUAUAUAUACAACGAACGUUCUGCGUAUGUUUUAUUAUCUUGAUACUCCACUCAUUCUUGACGAUUAUAAAUAAUCCAGAUUGAAAUAACUGAAACACUAGAUGAUAUAAAUCUGAUGUACAAUACAUGAUUGUCUUAAGCUUAUUUUAUCUCAUUCAUUUGUAGAAGACUUAAUAAUAUUAUACUUAAGUGGUGAUUGAGGAAGGUUUUGAUGAACAUUUCAUUGAUUCGAAUAUGUACAAGAUAAUUUUUUGUAUUUGUAAAAAUAUGUAAGCUGCAUUGUUAUUGUUUCGCCUAUGUAUCGCUUUCAGUGUUAUAAAGGAAUGCCCCUGUAAAACUAAAAUUGCAAUAUUUCUUAUCUUUCAAUAUGCACAUUAACAUUUGGACGGUGAAGACAUGUGUCUGAACCUUUGAACAUAUUUAAGACCAUAAAAAAACGUAACUACCGUCAGGGAUAUCAACAUGAAGCUUAUUUUAUUCUAACUCACAAAGUUAAUUUCAUAUAGUUGUGA